GACUGGCAGCAUGGCGAGCGUGGCAAGCAGAUGGGCGAGGCUGGCAAGGAGCCCGCUCUGCCGCUGGACCAGAGGCCCCUCGGCGACGUUCAGCACAGCCGCCCAGAGGAGCACCGGUGACGAGUGCAGCUCCGAUGACCCCCCGAGCCCCGACGAGCCCGGCCACUCGCUGGCCCUGCGGAACCUACAGCACAGGGCCGUUAAACUGGAAGCGGAGGUCCGGGACUUGACGGAAAGAUAUCAGAGGGCUUUGGCGGACUCCGAAACGGUGAGGCGGCGCACGCAGAAAUUUGUGGAAGAUGCUAAACUGUUUGGGAUCCAGAGCUUCUGCAGGGACUUGGUGGAGGUGGCCGACAUCUUGGAGAAGGCCUCCGACAGCAUUGCCGGGGAAGCCACGCCCGGGGACCAGAAGUCGGCCCUCGAGAAGGUCUCUGAGGGCCUCGCUCUCCUAGAAGCCAAACUUCAGAGCGUAUUCGCCAAGCACGGCCUCCAGAAGAUGGCCCCCAUCGGCGGCAAGUACGACCCGUACGACCAUGAGAUAAUCUGCCACGUGCCGGCCGAGGGCGUCCAGCCGGGGACGGUGACACUGGUGACCCAAGACGGCUACAAGCUUCACGGCCGCACCAUCCGACACGCUCAGGUCGGGGUGGCCGUGGAGUCGCAGGAGUGAGUCCGACACGCCCGGGCGUUCCGGUGACCAAAACCGGUGACCCCUAAACUGGAAUCUUAGCGGACUCAACGACCACGUGGAGUUGGCAGUCGCCCAUUUUGCCUUUAUUUAUUAAACUGGGUUCGAUUUGGACGCCGGCUGCUUUGCGGGACGUACACCGGGGGCCGGUUCGCCGGGUGAAACUCCGCGGCGCUUUCGUUCGACUGACGUGACGCUUCCUUGGGAGUCCCGCCGUCGGGUUGCUCACGCGAAUAGGGUAGGGGGUCCCUCCGUUUUCGGUGACCCUCGUCGUAGGGUACGUCGGGGAAAGGUAUUUAUAUGCGGCUGCUCUGGUGUCUUUUGGGUAGAACGCCUGGACGAGGUAGGAAUAGGGAUAAAAAUGUGUUUGUGUGUGGUGGGGGCGAGGGACGGGUGUUUGUGUGCUCUUGCAACUGAAUUCUUCUGUUCUAGUGGUGACCUCGAGAGCAAUUCAAAAUUCAUCGAUCCUGUCUAGCUAUGAUGACGUGGAUUCAUUUUAUUUUUAUUACCGGCAGAUCUGGUAAUACCUUGUAUUUGAAUAACGCUUUUUUUUUUGUCCUCAAGCCCUGUCAUGU